AUGUGGCCACGCGUCCUGAGCAGCUCCUAUCCGAUGGAGGCGCAUUAUUUUAUGGUGCCGAAGUUUGCGUUAAGUUUAAUCGGCUUCUAUCCGGAACAGAAGCGCAGUUGGGCGUUGCUUGCUUGGAGUUUCUUCAAUUUCAGCAUACUCACCUAUGGCUGCUAUGCGGAGGGUGCCUAUGGCAUCCAACAGAUACCCAUUAAUAUUGGACUUGCACUGGAUGCACUUUGCCCCGUUGCCUCGAGCAUUUUGUCGCUGAUUAAAAUGCUGUCAGUUUGGUAUUAUCGCGAUGAAUUCAAAUCGCUCAUCGAUCGCAUUCGCCAAUUGACCGAGGAGCAGCAUUCGGACAGGAAAUUGGGCUAUAAGAAGAGUUACUACACUCUGGCAACCAGGUUGACAGCGUUGCUUUUGUUGUGCGGCACCUGCACCAGCACCUCGUACACUGUGCGACACAUAUUCGAGAAUAUGCUGCGACUGUCGCAUGGCAAGGUUUGGAUCUACGAGACGCCAUUCAAGAUGAAUUUUCCCGAUGUGUUUCUGCGCUUACCGCUAUAUCCAUGGAUCUAUGCUUUGGUCUGUUGGCAUGGUUACAUCACCGUCGCUUGCUUUGUGGGCGCCGAUGGUUUCUUUCUCGGCUUCUGUCUGUAUCUAACGGUGCUCCUGCGAUCUCUACGUGACGAUAUCAAGGAUCUACUGCAGCUGGAAUGCAAGGGAAUCGAAGUGGAGCCAACGGUGCAGGAGGAGAAGCGAAUUGUGCGGGAAAUGGUGAAACUCAUCAAUCGUCACAACGAGAUCGCCGAUCUGACGGAACGACUCUCUGGCGUUAUGGUCGAAAUCACUCUGGCACACUUUGUCACCUCCAGCCUGAUUAUAGGCACCAGUAUCCUGGAUAUGCUCAUGUUCUCGGGCGUUGGCAUCAUUGUCUAUCUGGUCUACACCUUGGCGGUGACCACAGAAAUAUUUUUGUACUGCCUGGGCGGCACCUACAUUAUGGAGGCGUGCUUGGAUCUGGCCAGAAGCACUUUUGCAAGUCAUUGGUAUGGCCAUAGUGUUCCUGUGCAGAAGAUGACGCUGCUGAUGAUUGCCCGAGCUCAGCGUGUGCUCGUCGUCAAGAUACCCUUUUUCUCGCCAUCCAUGGAGACGCUUACAUCGAUUCUGCGCUUUACGGGCUCGAUUAUUGCGUUGGCUAAAUCAGUUAUAUAG